AUGGAAGAAGAAACGAUUCAAAAGAAACGAUUCCGCACCGAUUCCGACGAGUUAGAUCUUGACUCACCAGAAGUUAAGCGUCUCAGAGACGAUCUCCUCAACGAUUCCGAUCCAUCAACAACAACUCCAGAAGAUCUAGAUUCAUUCAUGAAAACCUUCCAGCAAGAGAUCUCCGCUUCUCCACCGCCACCGCCACAGACGGAUCUAGGUUAUCUUCUAGAAGCUUCCGACGAUGAACUCGGUUUACCUCCUUCUACUUCAUUAACGCCGGUGAGAGAACAGGAGAAGGAACAACCGGAGAGAAUUGAAUUAUUCAGUGAGUUAUGGAAGUUAGAUGAUGAGUUUCUGAGUUACGAUUCGUUCGAUUUUGGAAUCGGACAAGAGGAUGAUAAUAAUUACGUUGCUUUGGAUGGAUUGUUUGAUUACUCUGAUUUUGCCGUUGGAUCGUCGUCGUCGGAUGCGGCUGAGUUAUUAGUGAGACCGGAAACCUUGCCGGCGCAGUAG